GGGGUCAGUGUAAAACGGCCUUCUGUCCGCAACGUGUCGAAUCUCGUUUACCACAGAACCAAGUUGAAUUUUCCGCAGUGUCACUCCGAUCGUUUACAAUCACGGUCAGCCGAACCGACGAGAGGAUCGUUUGGUCGUCGUCCGUCUUGACGGCGCGACGGAAGAGCACCGCUCUCACGCUGAAACGGGACAUCGCUGAUAAAGCUUAGCGUAUGUCCUGGAUAGAAAGGUUUUCGUGUUUUCAUUAAUGGGUGCCAGGAUCUGCAGCUAGAGGUCGUUUAGCGACGUUUCGAGCAGUCAGCGCGAUAAACACAGCCCGUACCCGAUGAGUGUUAGAUCGACAGGCGGUCACAUGGUGAAGCAGAGGAGAUUCAUUGGGAACACCAACAACAAGAUGAUCAAUAUACGAGAAUAUUUAUAAGAGGUUUUAGGUGUACGAAUAUUCCGUAUAGGAUCAAAGGAACAGACGCAUCGUGCAUGCCGCUGAAGAAAAUCAUAGCCUUUUGUUUUGGUGGUUUCGCGGAACCCAUCGGCAGCGAUCACGUUUCGGGAGUUGUGAGGAAUUCUCACGUUUGUUGUACGAGGUGAAUGUAAAUAAACAAUCUCCGGAUAUUAUAUGUAGAUAGCCGAGAAGUCGAUCGCGCGGCGCGCGAGUACACGGACUAGUUUAGCUAUGGUCAGUUUACGACAUGAUUAUCAGUUUCACGUACUUGGGAAGGGAUGUUUAAUUUGUACGCGCAGAUCCAAUUUAUCCAGAGUUCGUUCGAGGCCCGAGCUUGGAAUACUUUCAACGGAAAAGUGUUGAAAAAGAUUGCGACGUGAAUAGAUACGACUCUGCUCAACGUGGAAAAUAUAUAUUUUCUGUAAUACGCACACCGAUUAAUGAGGAAUCGAUGCAGCUGCUGCGCGCUCUUUAACGCAUCGAUCGUCUUUCGUUGGACGGUUGGGAUUUUUUUUCUAGAUUUUCAGCGUUUACAGUAUUCGCAAAGCGAUAGAGAACAAGCCAAAGUAAACCAGUGAUAUUUUACGCGUAUUUUUUUUCUUCCAUGAUUGCGAGAAGAAUAAGGCGAAAGAGAUACUGAAGCUGCAAGAGUUGUAACGGAUGAAAAGGAAAACGGAUAAAUAAAUAGACAUUAUCCAACAAAUUUGUAUAUCGUACCCCAAAGAGAUUUAUCUACGACUCGAGUGCCGACAUCGGCAGAUUUUCUUCAAAAUGAGUUGUUAAUUAAGAAUGCGCGAUGACACGGCGAAUUUAUCAGUGGACCGCAAACCCGCGCGAGAACGCGCAGGGUAUGGAAAUGGAACCCCCCAGAACAAACUCUCACCGCCAGGAAAAAAUAUUCUCGAAGUACACACUCCAAGAUGCGGAGAAGGAUAAAGAGGAAACCGAGUAUAUGCUACAAGAGAAUGGCAAACCAAUUGAGUUCGUGCCACCGCAAACGAAGGAAGACGACAAGAAACCAGUCGCGCCGGAGCAAACGUUGCCACCAGUGCCUUACUUCAGACUCUUUCGAUUUGCAACAUGCGGGGAGCUGAUGCUGAUCUUUAGUGGCCUGAUCAUGGGAACUCUGACAGGCCUCUGCAUCCCCAUUUCGACGAUUCAGUACGGUGAAUUCACCACUCUGUUGGUGGAUCGCAACAUGAAGAAUCAGACGAGCACACCGACUCUGAUACUGGAGUGGUUCGGAGGUGGAAAGGUCUUAGGACCCGAGGCCACGUACGAGGAAAGAAUGGCAGCGCUGUACGACGAUUCGGUAGCCUUUGGCGUGUCAUCCGCGGCACUCUCCACCUUUCAAUUCGUUUUCGCCGUGUUCACGGUUGACUUUCUCAACAUUGCGGCCUCCAGACAGAUUGAUAGGGUGCGCCAAAUGUUUUUACGCGCGAUUCUCAGGCAGGAUAUGACGUGGUACGAUAUCAACACGUCGACCAACUUUGCCAGCAGGAUCACCGAAGACCUGGACAAAAUGAAGGACGGUAUCAGCGAGAAGCUCGGCGUCUUUACGUACCUAAUGGUGUCUUUCAUUUCUUCCAUCGUUAUAUCGUUCGUUUACGGCUGGAAAUUAACUCUGGUGGUGUUGAGUUGCGCCCCGAUUAUAGUGAUAGCCACCGCAGUGGUGGCGAAAGUGCAGAGCUCGUUGACGGCUCAGGAAUUGUCCGCGUACGGCCAAGCGGGAACCGUCGCCGAAGAGGUGUUGGGUGCCAUCAGAACUGUAAUCGCGUUUAACGGCGAACAGAAGGAGGUCCUCAGAUAUUCCGAGAAGCUCGUUCCCGCGGAAAAGACCGGAAUAAGGCGCGGAAUGUGGUCUGGAGUCGGCGGAGGCGUCAUGUGGUUCAUCAUAUACAUCAGUUACGCUAUAGCGUUUUGGUACGGCGUCCAGCUUAUCCUGGAGGACAGACCGAAAGAGGUGAAGGAGUACACGCCCGCCGUACUGGUGAUUGUGUUUUUCGGGGUGCUGGCCGGUGCUCAGAACAUGGGUUUAACGUCACCUCAUCUCGAGGCGUUUGCGGUCGCGAGAGGUUCGGCCGCUGCGAUAUUUCAGGUGCUCGAUCGACAGCCAGCGAUCGACAGUCUCAGCAAGGAGGGCCAAAGGCUUCAAUCCGUCAACGGCGAGAUCGAGUUCAUAAACGUGCAUUUCCAAUAUCCCGCCAGACGGGACGUGAAGGUACUUCAAGGUUUAAAUCUGAAGAUCAAUCACGGCGAAACCGUCGCCCUCGUCGGAGGAUCCGGUUGCGGAAAAUCUACGUGUCUGCAACUCAUUCAACGCCUAUACGAUCCCCACAAAGGACAGGUUCUGCUGGAUGGCGUGGACAUAUCGAAACUGAACGUUCAAUGGCUCCGCUCGUAUAUAGGCGUGGUCGGGCAAGAGCCGGUGCUCUUUGACACAACGAUACGAGAGAAUAUCCGGUACGGAAAUGACAGCGUUACCGAGGAGGAGAUGAUCAAAGCUGCCAAGGAGGCGAAUGCUCACGACUUCAUCAGCAAGCUGCCCGAGGGUUACGACAGUCCUGUAGGAGAGAGAGGAUCUCAGCUGUCCGGUGGACAGAAACAAAGAAUCGCGAUCGCGCGAGCGUUGGUCAGACGACCAGCGAUAUUGUUGCUCGACGAGGCCACAUCUGCGUUGGACCUCCACAGCGAGGCGACGGUGCAGAGGGCCUUGGACGCCGCCUCGAAGGGUAGAACGACGAUCGUCGUCACCCAUCGACUCUCCACCAUCACCAACGCCGACCGAAUAGUCUUUAUAAAGGAAGGACAGGUAGUCGAGCAGGGAACUCACGAGGAAUUGCUCGCCCUUGGAAAUCAUUAUUACGGAUUGGUUUCCGCCGACGCUAGUGCCACCGCUAAAGCGAAAGCAACGGCGUCAGCCGCUAAAACAGUCACGGCUGCCAUACCGAAGCAGAAGCCACCACCGUUGAAGCGACAAUUUUCUACGCUGUCGAUGCAUUCUCAUCGGUUAUCUCUGGCAGGCGCGUCGGAGAGCUCGAUCAAUCAACUAGAGGAGCACGAGAAACCGUACGACGCACCGAUGAUGAGGAUAUUCGGACUCAACAAGCCGGAAUGGCCUUUCAAUUUAAUCGGGUGUUUAGCAGCGGCAAUGGUGGGCGCGUCUUUCCCAGCGUUUGCCGUCCUUUUCGGCGAAGUCUACUACGUGUUGGGUCUGGAGGACGAGGACGAGGUGCGACGAGAAACGGUAAACUUUUCGAUUCUGUUCCUGGUGGUCGGAAUAGUGACGGGAGUGGGCACUUUUCUCCAAAUGUACAUGUUUGGUUUGGCCGGCGUUCGUAUGACCACGAGACUUAGGAGUAUGACGUUCGAGGCGAUGUUGAAGCAAGAAAUGGGUUGGUACGACGAAGACACGCACAGCGUGGGUGCUCUCUGCGCCAGGUUAUCUUCGGAUGCUGGUGCUGUUCAAGGUGCAACGGGAACACGGAUCGGUGCUAUUCUUCAAGCGUUGUCGACGCUGGUUCUCGGCAUCGGAUUGUCCAUGUAUUACACUUGGAAGAUGACACUGGUCUCGGUGGUCUCGAUACCACUGGUCCUAGGCGCCGUGUUCUUCGAAGCCAGAGUAAUGAGUGGUCAAGGUUUGCAAGAGAAGAAAAAGAUGGAGGCGGCGACGAGGAUCGCGAUCGAGGCGAUUUCGAACAUACGAACGGUGGCUAGUCUUGGCAAAGAAGAAGCGUUCUUGAAACGUUACUGCGUCGAACUGGAACACGUUGCGGAAGCGACCAGAAUCAGAAACAGACUCAGAGGAUUGGUGUUUUCGUGCGGUCAGACCACACCGUUUUUCGGUUACGCCUUGAGUCUGUAUUACGGUGGAUCCCUAGUGGCCACCGAGGGCUUGAGCUAUCAAAACGUGAUCAAGGUGUCCGAGGCUCUGAUUUUUGGCUCUUGGAUGUUGGGACAGGCGCUCGCAUUUGCGCCAAACUUUAAUACGGCCAAGAUUUCCGCUGGAAGAAUAUUCCAACUCUUGGACAGGGUUCCAGAAAUCUCCUCGCCACCGGACUCUGAAGACAAAGAUCUCGAUUGGAAAGCCGAAGGUCUGAUUCAAUUUUCGAAAGUGGAGUUUCACUAUCCAACGCGACAAGAGAUGCCGAUUCUGCAAGGUUUGAAUCUAAUAGUAAAGCCUGGCCAGAUGGUCGCGUUGGUGGGCCAAAGUGGAUGCGGGAAAUCCACCUGCAUCCAGCUGCUCCAACGACUCUACGAUCCCAUCUCCGGUACUGUGACGAUGGACCGCCGCGACAUCUCCUCGGUUUCCUUACGCAAUCUCCGUUGUCAGCUCGGCGUGGUGGGUCAGGAACCUGUCCUUUUCGACAGGACGAUCGCUGAGAACAUCAUGUACGGCGACAACUUUCGCAAAGUGCCGAUGGAUGAGGUCAUAGAAGCCGCCAAGAAGUCGAACAUCCAUAGUUUCGUCAGCUCUCUACCACUAGGAUACGAUACUAGAUUAGGAUCUAAGGGUACGCAGCUCUCAGGGGGGCAGAAGCAACGAAUAGCGAUAGCCCGAGCUCUGGUUAGAAAUCCUCGAGUCUUGCUCCUCGAUGAAGCCACAUCUGCGCUCGACACUCAGAGCGAAAAGGUCGUGCAAGCGGCUUUGGACAAGGCGAUGGAGGGCAGAACGUGCAUCACCAUAGCGCAUCGGCUGGCCACUAUAAGAAACGCCGACGUGAUCUGCGUGCUGGAGAAAGGAAAUGUCGCAGAAAUGGGCACCCACGACGAUCUAAUAGCUGCCGACGGACUCUACGCUCAUUUGCACGCUCUUCAAGAAGCCGCGAUGGAGUAAAGUCGCGUCGCGUUGAUGCACGUUCGAACAGUGAAAUGCACGUCUCGUGAUCGAAGAAAAGUAGGACAGAUUUUUCGACGCAUCUGGUUAGCGAGAAAAGCAUGCCGCGGGAAAGCACAGAGACGUGCACGAGCUGUUUCCGAAUAUGUCGAGAACGGAACCAUCCCCGGACCCCGGAAUUCUGUGAUCGAGCUUAGCGAGGAAUCGUUUCUCCGAACUUGUGCCUUUGCUAAGAGAUGGGCAGAAUUUUCUUCACAAAGAAUAUUAAGAUAGAUUCAUCGAAAAGAAAUCCAUUACAGGAAUACAACCAAUAAAAGGUCGUUCGCUUUUAAUUGGUUGUCUGAAAUGUGCUAUACAGAUCAAAGUUUUGUCCAUCUCCGCCUUUGCUUGAUAUAUUUAACGCCGCGCGCUCGCGCGCGCGCGCGCGUGUGUGCGUGUGUAUGUGUGUGUGUGUGAGAGAGAGAGAGAGAGAGGGGGGUGAUAAUUCCAACAAUUGAAUUUCUCGAUAUGAAUUUUAAUCAAAAUAAUAGGAAUCGUUGUUCUUCUGGAACAAAUCACGGAUCCAAAGUUGUUUAUUUUUUAUCCGUUACUUGAAAUUUUGCCCAUUUCUGGCUUUCGGUAGUGUACUUAAUCGCUAUGAGACGAGCGAUCGCGAAAAAGAUUUCUUCUCGAUUCAUUUUCAUCGCGAUCGUACCGCAAAGUAGUGCUUUAAUAUCAUCGACGAUUAUACAACGUAGCCGUAGAACCUUUCAUUCGGGAACAAGUGUUUGCGACUGGUAGCGUUUACCAUUUACAAUUUUUUCGUUAAAUUCGGAACGGAACGGAACGGAACGGAACGAUAUCCACCGACGCGACGGCGUCUCUUGUGUACUUAUCGCGUUCCAAUGAAUCCAAAAGAGAACGAACAGCACAAUCAGCGCAAACGGCGCAUUUCUACAGAAAAUAUUUACGCUGUUUUUUACUUUUUAUUUCACUUUUACGGGGAACCUCGCCAUUUCGGAAACGGACAGGUUUUAGUUGUAACAUUUUGAAAAUCGUUACUUAAGAUUAAGGCUGCGGCCAGCGCAACUUAAAGGCAGAGAGAUCUUAAAGUACGCGAAUGAGCGACCGGUUAGUUCAGCUGCGUGACUGAAACAAACAAAUAACGUACAGCGUGUUUCAUUAAUUCUACCUUUUUCGUUUUUCAUAUAUCAAAAGCGUGUCGAAUUGUAAUUAUACAGCGAUACUACAUAGGCAGUAUGAUGACAGAGAGAAAAUAUUAAUUUUUCUCGUUUUUUUUUCUUGUUAUAAGAGAGGCAAAGCAGUUCGUACUGCUGUCAUAUUCAAAAUAAAUGGAAACAUAGUAGAAAAAAAAA